CUGUGAGUUUUUUAAAAUUUCAAUUUGUGUUUUGUGAAAUCAGAAAUGAGAAAUGUGAAUGUGAAUUUUCUGAAUACAUACAAGUUUUAUUAAAUAUUUUGUUCAUUCAAAGUUAUUAAAAAAGCAAUGUUUUUAUUGCUUCUCAAAAAUGGAAAUACUAUAAAUCGUUAAUCUAAAGCUCAACAUAAAUAAAAUUAUUAUAAACAUGUGGAAGUAUGUAACGCGUCGUAUCAGAGAUACAUUUGAGAGGAGUGCUAACCAUUUUGAUAAACGACAUUCUGCUGUAAUAAACACAAAGAAUAAUUCGAACGAAGACAAAAAUAAAAAUGUUAACUCUCCCUGCUGUUGGUAUAUGCCUAGAAAGUGUUGGAACAGUUAUCAAAACGAAAAUGAUACUAACAACAAACGAUGGAACUUUGAGCACCUAAAUCGUACUUGGAUCGGUGCCAUAACAUGGAGUAGUGCUCUGGUAUUUGGCUGGUAUGCAAGCCAGCUCAUUCACCUGAAAUGUAAGAAGGACACAAAAAUUAACAAGAUAUGUUUGCCCAAAAUCAGUUACUUGUUCCAAAUAUUACCUUGCUUGAAUGAUAAUUCCUUACAAUCACUGAAGCUACCUUAUAAACUAGAAGCAUCACUUCAAAAUGGGUCUCCUAUUACACAUUUGGUAACAAAUGAUCAUAGUGAAGGUAAUGUGGAAACUAGUCAUAGCAGUGGCAGUACUGAGUCUUCAGAUGAUUUAGGUGAAGUACUAAACUCAAUUGAAAAUAGGCUUGGUUUAGCCGCUAUAGAGAAUGGGCAACAUCAAGAUGGACUCAAUUUGCUAAGAUCUGCAGCAAAUCGCAACCAUGCACCAGCCUUGUAUAACUUGGGUCUGUGUUAUGAACUGGGUAUGGGAGUAGAAAUUGAUGAGAAAAUGGCAAUGGAGCUAUACCGUUCUGCUGCGGCCUUGCAACACCCUGGUGCUCUUUAUAAUCUAGGGAUUUACUACGGCCAAGGACGCGGCGGCCUUUCUCGAGACCGCGCGACUGCAAUUCGACUUUUACGUCUGGCCGCUGUCCAAGGUCAACAAGAUGCUAUUACAGCUUUAAAAUCACUAGAAGAACCACCACUAACACCUCCUGAUAAUGAUGUGGAUGCUUGGACAAAGCAAUUCUCAGCAUAUGCCAAUCAUGGCAACAUAAUCCCAACACAUUCAGCUUUGUUUGUAGAGAAUGUGAAUAUGAAUGUGCAAAGUUAUAAUUAUGAACCAGUGGUAUUUUAAAUCUCAUUUUAGUUACUAUGGUGGUGGUAAUUUAAUUUGCAUUUAAAAUAUUAUGCUGUUAUAUCACUGGAAAAAACUACUUUUUUAUUAAGGUAUUAAAAUAAAAAAUUACAUAAUUAUGUAGCUCCUGUACUUGUAGGCCAUACAUCAACUGGUCAACUACCUAGUGUGUUUAAAAAUUUAAAUAGACCUUUACCAUAAUCAAUCUGUAUAGAGCUAUUUCACUAAUAGGCCACACUAUUUUAGAUUUUAACUUUGACUAGGGACACUUUCCAGUCCUGUGCUUGUUCAUCUUUUUUGUUCUGGUAGAGUAGUUAGUACAAGCAAUUUGAUUGACCAACAAUCCAGAAAAAAAACAGUCCAGUCGUUUGACUGCUCCAUCAAACUGAACACAAGUUUAGUAUUUAUUCCAAUCUGUUAGAUUGUUAGUAUGAUUGUCGAACAUUCCGGGAAAAACGUCUGUUAGACUGCUCAGGCUAUAUCAGAAUUGUCUUAGAACAUAAUGUAUGAAGAAGAUUAGAAGUUGUCAGAUUUUACCAGAUUUUUCGACAAUCGCAGUAACAAUCUAACUGAAUGGGAAAAAUGUUACGUUUCUGAUCUGUUAGCUUACAAACGACUGGACUUUUUUCCCAGAUUUUUCAAUCAAUCAAACUAACAGUCUAACAGAACAGAAUAGACAAUGCUUUUAUAAUUUGUGAUGUUUAAAAAAAUAGAUGUAAGUUGUAUAAAGAUCUUUAGAGGUACUUAUUUUUGAUCAAUUAAAUAAUAAUAAUAAUACUUAUCUUUAUUUCUUUAUUUUAUCAGACAGCAAAGGCCCACAAUAUUAUGUUAUUAACCAUCUUAAUUUAAGUUUGUAUUUUGUAACUAUGAUAUGUGUUAGUAAGGAUGAAAGCUGGCUGAUGGUGUUAAUGUCCAGAAGACUUCUCCUGAUCUGUCUAUUAUAUUCGCGAAUUUUGGCUUUCAAUUAAUUUAAAUGGAAAGUAAUGAACGAAAGUAAAGGGAGUGAUCACAAAUAGGUACAAUCAAAAUUAAUGCUGAAAUAGAAUGUUUUAGAAAUUUUUCUAAAUGAAGAAAUCACAAGAAUGCAAAUUGGGAAUCAUAUACCUACAAACAAAAUAGAAUCAGAACUCUUGAAUUUUUCACCUUCCUCAGAUCCCCAAAAUACAUAAAUUUAUAGAUAUUAUAAGUAGAUAAAAGUUUGCGAUAACUCCCUUCAUCAGAAAAAACCCAAACGGAACUGGGAACCGAAAUUGUCGCAUACAGCUGUUGCUCAGCAAAGACUCGCUUUGGCCAUUUUCAGGCGAAACUAUCACGGAAAACCUCAAACCAAAUCAUCCGGCCACAGCUGUUGCUCAGCGAAGACGCGCUUUGGCCGUUUUCAGGCGAAACUACCACGGAAAAACCUCAAACCAAAUCAUCCGGCCACAGCUGUUGCUCAGCGAAGACGCGCUUUGGUCGUUUUCAGGCGAAACUACCACGGAAAACCUCAAACCAAAUCAUCCGGCCACAGCUGUUGCUCAGCGAAGACGCGCUUUGGCCGUUUUCAGGCGAAACUACCACGGAAAAACCUCAAAUCAAAUCAUCCGGCUACAGCUGUUGCUCAGCGAAGACUCGCUUUGAGCGUUUUCAGGCGAAACUACCGCGGAAGACCUCAAACCAAAUCAUCCGGCCACAGCUGUUGCUCAGCGAAGACGCGCUUUGGCCAUUUUCAGGCAAAACUACCACUGAAAACCUCAAACCAAAUCAUCCGGCCGAUGAUAGUGCAAGAACAUCAAGA